AUUGCCGCCCCAGGGGCCUGUGAUGCCGGCAUUUAGAAGCCGACAGAAGAGAAAAAAUGGAGCUCUGGGUCCCUCUCGAUCGGCGUCUUAAGCUUUUUUCGCACAAUCGCUUCUGACACCAGAACUGUGUUCGCCUUUUGUCGAAACUCCUUGCCGACUCUUCGAAGCGAAGCAUUUAAAACACACACACACAUACCUCUCGUACCCGAACCGAACGCGAACCUGUCGAACGCCAAGAUGAAGGAGUGCUGCAUCCGAGGCGUCAAGCACGAGGGCGAGCCCAAGGGCGAGAUCAAGGAGGUGGGCGGCGUCAAGUGCUACGUAGCCAAAGCCGAGAACUCAGAAUACGGCGUCCUAUACAUCCCGGACGCCUUUGGUCUGGAGCUCACGAACAACAGACUGCUGGCCGACGACUUCGCCGCCGCGGGCUACACGACCGUCAUCCCGGACAUCUUCCACGGCGACCCCGUCCCCGCGGACGCCCUCGGGCCCCAGGCCAAGGCGCCCUUCGACCUGAUGAAGUGGUUCCACAGCCACCCGCCUGAGCGAGUCGAGCCCGUCCUCCAGGCCGCCAUCAAGGGCAUGAAGGAGGAGUACGGCGUCAAGAAGCUCGGCGCCGUCGGCUACUGCUUCGGCGGCCGCUACGUCGUCCGCUUUUUGGGCAACGGCCUGAUCGAUGCCGGCUUCGGCGCACACGUCUCCUUCGUCUCGGACGAGGAGUUCGAUGCCGUCAAGGGCCCGCUCUCGCUCGCCUGCGCAGAGGUCGACCAGAUCUUCCCGACGGAGAAGCGCCACAAGACCGAGGAGAUCCUCGCCAAGCUGGGCAUCCCGUACGAGUCCCGCGUCUUCUCGGGCACGAACCACGGCUUCGCCGUGCGGUGCGACCUGAGCGACCCCAAGCAGAAGUACGCCAAGGAGGCCGCUUUCACGCAAGCCACGCUCUGGUUCGAUCAGUGGGUCAAGGCAUAGAAUACGGGGCGGGGCCUUGGAUAUGACCAUGGUGGUGGGGAUUUUUUCUUUCUUGGUUUAGACGUGUGCAUCAAGCGACUGCUGCUGCGAUGAAAAGACAUUCAUAAUGCUAUGCGUCGCACCGAGUAUUUUUUUUUUUCAACAGACAACCUGUAUCUAUGCUUGAAUCCCCCCUUCUGCUAGCCCAGCGCGGGAGAAUUGUCCAUCAUUACGCCAACAAGUGUUCCAUAGCGAAUACAAAGUCGCUUGAGUAAAACCCCACGUACCAGCCCCUCUGAUCUCAAUUAUGCUUUGUAUGCAUUCUUAACCCUGAGCUAGUGCGUAUGUACAAAGAGUAAAAAAAAAAAAGAUGAUUAAUGAUCGCGUAGUCAAACCGUCAGGCGUGAUUAU